UCAGAACUAAAGGAGGUUUGCUGCUGUCACUUUUCACAGUUCUGUCAGAACGGAUGUGCGUCCCAGGUCCUCACUGCUCUGGUGAGCCCAGAGUGUUCCUGGGGGUGUAGUUAAGUGAGGAUGUGGUUUGAAUUCUAUCAUUCUCAUGCCCCACUGGGAUGAUGGGAGUUUGCUACUCUGCAAUUGGUCUGUGUGGGCUUAGGUUAGUUUCUGUUUAAGUAUCAAAAGUCUGCAGGGGUGUGCAAAGACCUCGCACAAUAUUGAUCUACAAGUGCUAAUCAUGGCUGCACAAGUACAAGCCUUUUGUCUGGUCCCUCUUCUCCUGGCUGGCUUCGUGCAGACAAACCCCAAUCCAGAGAAGAUGAAGAUGGAUUGCGACAAAGGCGUGGAAGGCACCAUCUUUGAUUAUGAGGCCUUCACUCUGGAUGGAACGGAAAAGAUCCGGUUCAGGCAGUAUGCAGGAAAGUAUGUCCUCUUCAUCAACGUGGCCACCUACUGCGCUCUGACAGACCAGUAUCCUGAACUGAAUGCACUUCAGGAUGAACUGAAACCUUUCGGCCUAGUUGUAUUGGGCUUUCCAUGCAACCAAUUUGGAAAGCAAGAACCAGGACAGAACUCGGAGAUUCUUCCUGCGCUCAAGUACGUCCGUCCAGGCAGAGGAUUUGUUCCAAAUUUCCAGCUAUUUGAGAAAGGGGAUGUGAAUGGGAGAAAUGAACAGAGCAUCUUCACCUUCUUGAAGCACUCCUGUCCUCAUCCGUCUGGGACAUUAGGCUUAUUAAAACAUAUCUCCUGGGAACCCAUAAAAGUCCACGACAUCCGGUGGAACUUUGAGAAGUUCCUGGUGGGGCCUGACGGAGUCCCUGUUAUGCGCUGGUUCCACCUGGCUGAAGUCAGCACGGUCAAGUCAGACAUCCUGGCGUACCUGAAGCAAUCCAAGCCCACAGAGGACGCUGGAGCUGAAGGCAGCUGAGC